CCGAUGCGUCAUCAUUCACUUCGUUUGACGGCUGCUAUCUGCAACAACUUGCGGCCGAUUUCCAAAAAACUUUAUUGAUUCUUAUAAGAAUAUUAGAGAUCUCCCAAAUACAUCAUGGGAGACUCUUUAGAUGGAAGUGAGAAUUCACCUGAAUCGCAAAAUGUUGUCGUUGUCGAUUUCCAAGACUUUGCGAACUACUUACGCAGAGCCGCAACGGUACUUUUGCCUGAGGAUGAUAUUGUUCCACCGGCUUUAAACGCUGCUUUGGACGACAAAGUGAACCAAGAUUGCAUUCGAAAGUUCAUCUCAGACCCUCAGGUGUCUUCACUGUACGUGCAAAGGUUUUCUUCCAAAGAAGAUGAUAGUGAACAACCUACUGAAGGUGAAGAGGAGAAAGAAGCUGUUACUUACCAAAUCAGUAAUGAGGUUCACUUCUCAUCCUCCCGGGUGGCAGCCUUUGUGUGUAUCAAGCGUGGUGCAGUCAUUGAAGCUGACAAGUCCAUUCACAGUCAGCUGCGUCUCAUCAACCUGUCUGAUGGCUCUCCCUAUGAAACCCUUCAUGCUUUCAUUAGCAAAACCAUGGCUCCAUUCUUUAAGAGCUAUGUGAAAGAGAGUGGUAGGGCUGACAGGGAUGGAGACAAGAUGGCUCCAUCAGUGGAGAAGAAGAUUGCCGAGUUAGAGAUGGGUCUUCUGCACCUUCAACAAAACAUUGAUAUUCCUGAGAUCACCCUGCCUGUUCAUCCCCUUGUAGCUGCUGUCAUCAAAAGAGCUGCAGAUGAAGGGCGCAAACCUCGAGUUGCUGACUUUGGAGACAAGGUGGAAGACUCGACAUUCCUCAAUCAACUGCAGAAUGGAGUCAAUCGCUGGAUCAAAGAAAUCCAAAAAGUCACCAAAUUGGAUCGAGACCCUUCCAAUGGAACAGCCCUUCAAGAGAUCUCCUUCUGGCUUAACUUAGAAAGGGCUCUUCAUAGAAUCCAGGAGAAACGAGAGAGUAUUGAGGUGGCCCUAACCUUAGAGAUACUGAAGUAUGGUAAGAGAUUCCAUGCGACGGUGUCUUUUGACACUGAUACUGGUCUGAAGCAGGCUCUUGCAACAGUCUCGGACUACAAUCCCCUCAUGAAAGAUUUUCCUAUCAAUGAUCUGCUUAGUGCCACUGAACUGGAAAGAAUCAGAUUGGCAGUACAGCAGAUUUUCUCUCACUUACGAAAGAUUCGUUCGACUAAAUACCCUAUCCAGCGUGGUUUGAGACUCGUCGAGGCUAUCUCGCGCGAUCUCGGACAGCAACUCCUAAAGGUGCUUGGUACGCGUCGUCUUAUGCACAUUCCGUUUGAAGACUUUGAGCGCGUGAUGACACAAUGCUUCGAAGUGUUCUCUUGCUGGGACGACGAGUACGAAAAACUGCAAGGAUUGCUGAGAGAUAUUGUAAAGAAGAAGCGAGAUGAACAUCUGAAGAUGGUAUGGCGCGUGUCGCCGUCCCAUAAGCGGUUGCAGGCGCGCAUGGAACACAUGCGACGUUUCCGCAGGCACCAUGAACAACUCCGCACUGUUAUGCUUAGGGUGCUCCGCCCCCGCGCUACGGUGGCUACGGACGCGGGUGCAGGCGGGGAGCCCGCGCAACCACACUCUCUACCCAUGGAUGCGGCCGAUGCCAACGCCAUCGCUGAGGUCAACCUCGCGUAUGAGAAUGUGAAGGAGGUAGACUGCCUUGAUAUAUCCCGCGAAGGAUGCGACGCUUGGGAGGCGGCAGUCAGGCGUUAUGAAGACAGAAUCGAUCGUGUGGAGACCCGUAUCACAGCUCAUCUCCGUGAUCAACUAGGAACAGCAAAGAAUGCGAACGAAAUGUUCCGUAUUUUCUCGCGAUUCAACGCAUUGUUCGUUCGUCCACACAUUCGGGGCGCCAUCCGCGAGUACCAAACGCAACUCAUACAGAGAGUGAAGGAUGACAUCGAAACUUUGCAUGAGAAGUUUAAGGUACAAUAUCCCCAAUCGAAGUGCAGCCGAUUGUCUUUAGUGCGCGAUCUGCCCCCCGUGGCUGGUUCCAUCAUUUGGGCGAAGCAGAUCGACCACCAACUUACGGCGUACUUGAAGCGAGUCGAAGAUGUACUGGGUAAAGGAUGGGAGAAUCAUAUUGAAGGUCAAAAACUAAAGGCCGAUGGUGACAGUUUCCGGCUCAAACUUGAUACACAAGAAGUAUUUGAUGAUUGGGCUCGCAAGGUCCAACAACGUAAUCUUGGCGUCUCUGGCCGUAUCUUCGCUAUUGAGUCAGUGCGUGCUCGCUCCAGCAAAACUGGUACCAUUCUAAAGCUAAAGGUCAACUUCUUACCUGAAAUCAUCACCCUGUAUAAGGAAGUGCGCAAUCUGAAGAAUCUUGGAUUUAGAGUACCAUUGGCCAUAGUGAACAAGGCUCACCAAGCAAACCAACUGUACCCCUUCGCCAUAUCUCUCAUAGAAAGCGUGAGAACUUACGAACGAACUCUCGAGAAGAUCCGUGACAAGGCGUCCAUAAUUCCGCUGGUGGCUGGUCUCCGCCGUGAUGUGCUGAACCAAGUGUCUGAAGGCAUGGCUCUUGUAUGGGAGUCUUACAAACUGGACCCGUAUGUUCAGAAGCUUAGCGAAGUUGUGCUUCUGUUCCAAGAGAAAGUUGAAGACCUACUAGCGGUAGAGGAACAGAUCUCAGUGGACGCUCGCUCUUUAGAAACCUGCCCCUACUCAGCCGUGAGCCUUGCUGACAUCCUCAGCCGCUUGCAGAGGGCUAUUGAUGACCUGUCGCUGAGGCAGUACAGUAACUUGCAUCUCUGGGUGCAGCGCCUUGAUGAAGAGGUCGAGAAAAGUUUAGCCGCUCGUCUGCAAGCUGGUAUUGAGGCAUGGACUUCAGCUUUGCUGGGCAAGAGCCAUGAGUUGGACCUGUCUAUGGACACUUACUCUCCAACUGAGCCAACCCAUAAACCCGGUGGCGAACCACAGAUUGCUCGCGUAGUCCACGAAGUCCGCAUCACAAACCAGCAGAUGUACCUCUUCCCCUCCCUGGAGGAGGCUCGCUUCCAGCUCAUGCGGCAAAUGUUUGCCUGGCAAGCUAUCGUCACUAGCCAGCAUCGAUUGCAAAGCACCAGAUACCAAGUUGGCGUAGCUCGAGCACAAACAGCGACCUACAGGAACCUGUUGACCAAACUACCAGCUGGAUCGUCUCCAUUGGAAAACGCAUACGACGCGAUCGAGCAAAAGAUCUCUCAAGUACGCGAAUAUGUCGACGAAUGGCUACGUUACCAAGCUCUCUGGGAUCUGCAGCCUGAAAGUCUUUACGGGCGUCUUGGUGAAGACAUCACUCUCUGGAUCAAAUGCCUGAAUGAUAUCAAAAAAUCCCGCACAACGUUCGAUACAUCAGACACUCGCCGCGAGUACGGGCCGGUAGUGAUAGACUUCGCGCGCGUGCAGAGUAAAGUGGCGCUUAAGUACGACGCCUGGCACAAGGAGGUGCUUGGCAAGUUCGGAGCCCUACUUGGAGGAGAGAUGGUCACCUUCCAUUCACAGCUCGCCAAGUCUAGGAGCCAGCUGGAACAACAGACUAUCGAGGCCGCAUCAACCAGCGAUGCCGUUUCCCUCAUUACUUACGUGCAACAACUAAAGAGGGAGGUGUUAGCUUGGGAGAAACAAGUCGACAUCUACAGGGAAGCUCAGCGCAUUUUGGAAAGGCAGAGAUUCCAAUUCCCCGCGCAAUGGCUGCAUGUCGACAACAUCGAAGGCGAAUGGAGUGCGUUCAAUGAGAUUAUGCGCAGAAAGGAUUCUUCCAUUCAAACGCAGGUCGCCUCCCUCCAACAAAAGAUUGUUGCGGAAGACAAAGCCGUAGAAGCUCGUACUCUGGAGUUCCUCACUGAAUGGGAACGUAGCAAGCCCACUGAUGGGUCCACUAGACCUGAAGACGCUUUGGCCAGACUCCAGGCGAUGGAAACCAGAUACACAAGGUUGAAAGAUGAAAGGGAUAAUGUAGCUAAGGCCAAGGAAGCUCUUGAGUUGCAUGAUACUGGAAGCUCAAUCAACAACGAGCGUAUGACAGUAGCGCUGGAAGAACUGCAGGACUUGCGUGGAGUGUGGUCCUCGCUCAGCAAGAUCUGGACACAGAUCGAUGAUAUCAGGGAGAAGCCUUGGCUCUCCGUACAACCUAGGAAACUCAGGCAACAACUGGAAGCUAUGUUGAAUGAACUCAAAGAGCUGCCGGCUCGUCUCCGCAUGUACGACAGCUACGAAUACGUCCGCAAACUCCUGCAAUCGUACACUAAGGUCAACAUGCUGAUAGUGGAGUUGAAAUCGGACGCUUUGAAGGAGCGUCACUGGCGCCAACUAUGCCGCGCCCUCAAGGUGGACUGGUCUCUGUCGGAACUGACGCUGGGACAAGUGUGGGAUGCCGACCUACUGCACAACGAACACACCGUCAAGGAUGUAGUUUCCGUCGCACAGGGAGAAAUGGCGCUUGAAGAAUUCUUGAAACAGGCUAGUGUACGCGAAUCCUGGCAGAGCUACGAACUGGACCUGAUCAACUACCAGAACAAAUGCAAGAUCAUCCGCGGCUGGGACGACCUUUUCAACAAAGUGAAAGAACAUAUUAACAGCGUGGCUGCCAUGAAACUCUCUCCUUACUACAAGGUGUUCGAAGAGGAAGCUUUAACUUGGGAAGAGAAACUGAACCGCAUCAACGCUCUCUUCGACGUAUGGAUCGACGUGCAACGUCGCUGGGUGUACUUGGAAGGUAUCUUCAGCGGGUCUGCUGACAUCAAGACCCUGCUUCCUGUCGAGACUAGCCGAUUCCAGAGCAUCAGUUCCGAGUUCUUGGGCUUGAUGAAGAAAGUCGGAAAAUCCCCGAUGGUGAUGGACGUCCUUAAUAUUCCUGGAGUGCAACGCUCUCUUGAACGUCUCGCUGAUUUGCUUGGAAAGAUCCAGAAGGCGCUCGGUGAAUACUUGGAAAGGGAGAGGAGCAGUUUCCCGAGGUUCUACUUCGUGGGAGACGAAGAUCUGCUGGAGAUCAUCGGUAACAGUAAGAACAUCGCUCGCUUGCAGAAGCACUUCAAGAAGAUGUUCGCAGGAGUCGCCGCUAUCAUACUCAAUGAGGACAACACCGUUAUAAACGGUAUUGCCUCCCGAGAGGGUGAAGAGGUAUACUUUACUUCACCGGUAUCAACAAUCGAGAACCCUAAGAUCAACUCUUGGCUAUCUAUGGUGGAGCGAGAGAUGCGUGUGACCUUGGCCUGUCGCCUAAAGGACGCCGUAGCUGAUGUCAAGCAGUUCAAAGAUGGAAACGUCGACCCUCAGAAGUUUAUUGAUUGGUGUGACAAGUAUCAGGCACAAAUAGUAGUCCUAGCGGCUCAGAUUCUGUGGUCAGAGGACGUGGAAGCGGCCCUAGCGAGCGGCGGCGGGGACGGACUCAAGCGAGUGUUGGCACACGUCGAGAACAUGCUCAACAUACUCGCUGACUCCGUACUGCAAGAACAACCCCCACUCCGGAGGAAGAAACUCGAACAUUUGAUCAACGAGUUCGUCCACAAGCGUACGGUAACGCGUCGUUUGAUCGCGUCAGACGUGAACAGCCCUCGUUCGUUCGAGUGGCUCUGCGAGAUGCGGUUCUACUUCGAUCCUAGAAAUAAUGACGUAUUGCAACAACUCACCAUCCAUAUGGCUAACGCCAAAUUCCUGUACGGCUUUGAAUACCUUGGAGUACAAGACCGCUUAGUACAAACUCCGCUGACGGAUCGCUGCUACCUCACCAUGACGCAGGCCUUGGAAGCCAGGCUUGGAGGAUCGCCAUUCGGUCCCGCUGGUACUGGUAAGACGGAGUCAGUCAAGGCUCUCGGCAACCAGCUCGGUCGUUUCGUGUUGGUAUUCAACUGCGAUGAAACCUUCGACUUCCAAGCUAUGGGCCGUAUCUUCGUUGGUCUUUGUCAGGUGGGUGCCUGGGGCUGCUUCGACGAGUUCAAUCGAUUGGAAGAGAGAAUGUUGUCAGCCGUCUCCCAACAAGUGCAGACCAUUCAAGAGGCGCUCAAGAGUCACCAGGAAGGAGACAAUACUAGCAAGUCCAUAACAGUGGAACUAGUCGGCAAACAAGUCCGUGUAAGCCAAGACAUGGCCAUCUUCAUCACAAUGAAUCCUGGAUACGCUGGCCGUUCCAACUUGCCCGACAACUUGAAGAAGUUGUUCCGAAGCUUGGCCAUGACCACUCCGGAUAGGCAACUGAUUGCCGAAGUCAUGUUGUUCAGCCAAGGGUUCAGGACCGCUGAGAAGCUCGCUUGCAAGAUUGUGCCGUUCUUCAAACUCUGCGACGAACAGUUAUCCAACCAAUCCCAUUACGACUUCGGUCUACGAGCGCUCAAGUCCGUACUCGUGUCUGCGGGUAACGUCAAACGUGACCGCAUUCAGAAGAUCAAGGAGAACCUAAUCGAACGUGGUACGGAAGUUCCCGAUGAGGCAUCGAUUGCUGAGUCUUUGCCAGAACAAGAUAUUUUGAUCCAAUCAGUGUGUGAGACCAUGGUGCCGAAACUAGUCGCUGAAGACAUACCCCUGCUGUUCUCAUUACUCAACGAUGUCUUCCCUAACGUUGGUUACACUAGGGCUGAGAUGACUGGAUUGAAGAAUGAGAUCCGUGCGGUAUGCGCCGAAGAGUUCUUGGUUUGUGGAGAAGGUGACGAACAAGGCUCCACUUGGAUGGAUAAGAGGCGCAGUGCAUCGUCGCGCGCCCAGCACAGCACGUGGAUCGAGAAGGUCCUUCAAUUGUACCAAAUCUGCAAGUUGAACCAUGGUCUCAUGAUGGUCGGCCCGUCUGGAAGUGGAAAGUCUACUGCGUGGCGUGUACUGCUUAAAGCACUUGAAAGAUACGAAGGUGUGGAAGGCGUUGCUCACGUAAUCGACCCGAAGGCGAUGUCCAAGGAAACACUUUAUGGUGUUCUAGAUCCCAACACUCGUGAAUGGACCGAUGGUCUCUUCACACAUAUACUCAGGAAAAUCAUCGACAACGUCCGUGGUGAGAUCAACAAACGUCAAUGGAUUAUAUUCGACGGUGACGUAGACCCCGAGUGGGUGGAGAACUUGAACUCAGUACUCGAUGACAACAAGCUGCUUACUUUACCCAACGGAGAGCGUCUUUCUUUGCCUCCUAAUGUACGAGUGAUGUUUGAGGUACAAGAUCUGAAAUACGCUACACUUGCUACAGUAUCUCGUUGUGGUAUGGUCUGGUUCUCACAGGAUGUCCUUACCACCGAAAUGAUUUUCGAAAACUAUCUUAUGAGAUUGAGAAACAUCCCGCUCGAAGAUGGAGAAGAAGAUUCAUUCAGUAUCGUGAUGGCUGCACCUACUGCUGGUGGAGAUCAGAACGCCACGGAGAAUAUUUUGUCUCCUGCUUUACAAACACAACGUGACGUAGCCGCUAUACUACAACCUCUGUUCUUCGGCGAUGGUUUAGUUGUGAAGUGUCUUGAACGCGCAGUCAGCCUCGACCAUAUUAUGGACUUCACACGCCAUAGAGCGCUGUCUUCUCUGCAUUCUAUGCUUAACCGUGGUGUCAGGAACAUCCUUGCAUACAACCGCCAGCAUCCCGACUUCCCGAUCACAAAUGAACAGCUAGAGGCUUACGUGCCUAAAUGGCUUGUUUACUCUCUGCUGUGGUCCUUCGCCGGUGAUGCUAAACUUAAGGAUCGUAAUGAACUUGGAGACUUUAUCCGAUCUGCCAGCACCAUGCAGCUACCUAACUGUGGAGCAAACCAGCAUAUCAUUGACUUUGAGGUGUGCAUUACCGGCGAGUGGGUUCCAUGGUCAGCGAAGGUUCCCCAAAUAGAAGUAGAGACCCACAAGGUGGCCGCCCCCGACGUAGUGGUGCCAACCUUGGACACAGUCCGACACGAGGCCCUACUCUACACUUGGCUUGCUGAGCAUAAACCGUUGGUACUCUGCGGUCCCCCUGGAUCCGGUAAAACAAUGACACUGUUCUCUGCCCUUCGAGCUCUGCCCGACAUGGAGGUUGUCGGUCUGAACUUCUCCUCAGCCACAACUCCUGAACUACUGCUGAAGACAUUCGAUCACUAUUGCGAGUACAGAAAGACUCCUAAUGGAGUUGUCCUUGCACCAGUACAGCUCGGCAAGUGGCUAGUACUAUUCUGUGAUGAAAUCAACUUGCCGGAUAUGGAUCAGUACGGAACUCAGCGUGUCAUCUCCUUCUUGAGACAGUUGCUUGAACACAAGGGCUUCUACAGGGCUAGUGAUCACUCGUGGGUACACUUGGAGCGCAUUCAGUUCGUGGGUGCGUGUAACCCGCCCACGGACCCGGGCCGUAAGCCGCUCUCCCACAGACUAUUGCGACACGUACCUGUUAUCUACGUCGACUACCCCGGAGAAACUUCAUUGGAACAGAUUUACGGAACAUUCACCCGUGCCAUGCUACGUAUGCAGCCGGCGCUGCGUGGGUACGCGGAGCCGCUAACUCAGGCCAUGGUGAAACUGUACCUCGCCUCGCAGGAACGGUUCACUCAGGAUAUGCAGCCGCACUAUGUGUACUCGCCUAGAGAGAUGACCAGAUGGGUGCGGGGAAUUUGCGAGGCUAUUAGGCCUCUAGAUAACCUAAACGUCGAAGGCCUCGUACGCUUGUGGGCGCACGAAGCUCUGCGUCUCUUCCAAGAUCGUUUGGUCGACGAAACGGAAAGGCAAUGGACCGACGAGAACAUUGACAAUGUCGCUAUGAUGUUCUUCCCAGGUAUCAACAGGGAACAAGCGUUGGCUCGUCCAAUCCUCUACAGUAACUGGCUAAGUAAGGACUAUGUGCCAGUACACAGAGACCAACUGCGUGAAUACGUCAAGGCUCGACUGAAGGUGUUCUACGAGGAAGAGUUGGACGUGCCCCUGGUAUUGUUCGACGAGGUCCUAGACCACGUGCUGCGUAUCGACCGUAUCUUCAGGCAGCCGCAGGGACAUCUGCUCCUUAUCGGAGUCUCUGGUGCUGGUAAAACUACCCUCAGUCGCUUCGUCGCCUGGAUGAACGGGCUUAGCAUCUUCCAGAUUAAGGUGCACAACAAAUACACGGGUGCGGACUUCGACGAAGACUUGCGUUCGGUGCUCCGUCGCGCCGGGUGCCGCGAUGAGAAGGUUGCCUUCAUACUUGACGAGUCCAAUGUGCUUGACAGUGGCUUCCUCGAGAGAAUGAACACUCUGCUGGCUAACGGAGAGGUUCCCGGUCUAUUCGAGGGAGACGAGUUUGCAGCACUCAUGACUCAGUGCAAAGAAGGAGCGCAAAGGGAAGGCUUGAUGUUGGAUUCCAACGACGAAUUGUACAAAUGGUUUACUGGCCAAGUAAUGCGCAACUUGCACGUGGUGUUCACAAUGAACCCGUCUUCGGAAGGUCUGAAGGACCGCGCGGCCACCUCGCCUGCCCUCUUCAACAGAUGUGUACUCAACUGGUUCGGAGACUGGAGCGACGGUGCUUUGUUCCAAGUCGGUAAAGAGUUCACGCAGCGCAUGGACCUGGACUCUGCGGAGUACAGUCCGCCGGACGGGUUCCCGUCAGCUUGCGGCGAGGUGGGCGAGAGACCGUCGCACCGCGAGGCUGUCGUCAACGCCUGCGUCUACGUGCACCAGACCCUGCACAGAGCUAACGCCAGCCUGGCCAAGAGGGCCAACCGAACCAUGGCUAUCACACCUCGUCACUACCUAGACUUUAUCCAACAAAUGGUGAAGUUGUACGCGGAGAAGCGAGCGGACCUGGAGGAGCAACAACUGCACUUGAACGUCGGACUUGGCAAGAUCGCCGAAACAGUGGAACAGGUCGAGGAGAUGCAGAAGAGCCUUGCUGUCAAGUCACAGGAACUGCAACAAAAGAACGAAGCCGCUAACGCCAAGCUAAGACAGAUGGUGAAAGACCAACAGGAAGCCGAAAAGAAGAAGGUCGAGAGUCAAGAGAUUCAGGUUGCUCUAGAAAAACAAACGAAGGAGAUUGAAGCUAAGCGUCGCGACGUAAUGGCCGACCUCGCGCAAGUGGAGCCCGCCGUCAUUGAGGCGCAAAAUGCGGUCCGCUCGAUCAAGAAGCAACAGUUGGUGGAGGUGAGGUCCAUGGCCAACCCCCCCUCCGUGGUGAAGAUGGCGCUGGAGUCUAUCUGCACCCUCCUGGGGGAGAAGGGGGACACUUGGAAGAGCAUCCGUUCCGUCGUCAUGAAGGACAACUUUAUUUCCACCAUCGUUAACUUCGACACAAAGAAUAUCACCGUAUCGGUGCUGUGGGAAAUUGUUAUUAAUUCGUUGCAAUAUAUAAUAAUGUUGAGUAUCAAUGAGUUAUUGACAGUUUCCCCGUCCAUGCGCCGGUACCGCGCGGUCAAAUCUAUAAAGAAGCAGCACUUGGUGGAAGUGAGAUCUAUGGGCAAUCCGCCGGCGCUCGUCAAGGUCGCUCUGGAGUCCAUCUGCCUGCUCCUUGGGGAGAAUGCGACGGACUGGAAGGCCAUCCGCGCCGUCAUCAUGCGGGAGAAUUUCAUCAACAGCAUCGUCUCCAAUUUCUCCACCGAGGACAUAACUGAUGAUGUUCGCGAGAAAAUGAGGACACGUUACCUGUGCAACCCUGAUUACAACUUCGAGAAGGUGAACAGAGCCAGUAUGGCCUGUGGACCUAUGGUGAAAUGGGCCAUCGCUCAGAUCGAAUAUGCGGACAUGUUGAAACGUGUGGAACCGUUGCGCAACGAGCUCAAAGCUUUAGAAGACCGCGCGCAGAGCAACGUGACCGCUGGCAACGAAGUCAGCGAGCUGAUCGCUCAACUGGAGAAGUCUAUCGCGUCAUACAAAGAAGAAUAUGCCCAGCUCAUUAGCCAGGCUCAAGCCAUUAAGACUGAUCUGGAGAACGUUCAGGCUAAGGUGGACAGGUCAAUAGCUCUACUGAAGAGUUUGGUGAUCGAGCGUGAACGUUGGGAGUCUAGCUCGGAGACAUUCCGCUCCCAGAUGAGCACUAUUGUCGGAGAUGUGUUGCUGUCUGCCGCCUUCAUUGCUUACGGUGGAUACUUUGAUCAACACUACCGUCAAAAUCUGUUCACGACCUGGACAUCCCACUUGGCAGCUGCGAACAUCAAGUACCGUGCAGACAUUGCUCGCACGGAGUACCUCAGUAACCCUGACGAGCGACUGCGCUGGCAAGCAAAUGCACUGCCUACUGACGAACUCUGCGUUGAAAACGCUAUCAUGCUAAGGCGUUUCAACCGUUACCCGCUGAUCAUCGAUCCUUCUGGACAAGCGACGGAGUUCAUAAUGCGAGAGUUCAAGGAACGCAAGAUUACAAAGACCUCCUUCCUCGACGAUUCCUUCAGAAAGAAUUUGGAGUCUGCUCUGCGUUUCGGAAACCCACUGCUUGUACAAGAUGUAGAGAACUACGAUCCGAUCCUGAACCCGGUUCUGAACAGAGAGCUCCGUCGUACUGGUGGCCGAGUGCUCAUUACUCUCGGAGACCAGGACAUUGAUCUCAGUCCUUCAUUCGUCAUCUUCCUUAGUACAAGGGACCCAACAGUGGAGUUCCCUCCGGAUAUGUGUUCUCGAGUGACGUUCGUCAACUUCACGGUAACACGGUCCUCGCUGCAAUCACAGUGCUUGCACAGAGUACUUAAGGCUGAGAGACCUGACAUCGAUACCAAGAGGUCUGACCUGCUUAAACUUCAAGGCGAGUUCCACCUACGUCUACGUCAGUUAGAGAAGUCGUUGCUCCAAGCUCUAAACGACGCUAAAGGCAAGAUCCUUGACGAUGACUCCGUCAUUGCCACACUCGAGACUCUGAAGAAGGAAGCUGAUGACAUUGGACAGAAGGUCGAAGAGACUGACAAAGUUAUCGCUGAGAUUGAAACUGUUAGCCAACAGUACUUACCACUGUCGCAAGCCUGCAGCAGCAUCUACUUCACGAUGGAGUCGCUCCACCAAGUACACUUCCUGUACCAGUACUCUUUGAAGAUGUUCCUGGACAUCUUCAGCUCUGUUCUCGUCUGUCCUAUGCUCAGCGGCAUUACCGACUACACCGCUAGGCUCAAGAUCAUCACUGAGGAACUGUUUGCUGUGGUGUACGAGCGCGUGGCGCGCGGCAUGCUGCACACGGACCGGCUGACGUUCGCGCUGCUGCUGUGCCGCAUACACCUCAAGGGCACCGGCGCCGACGACACGCUCGACCGCGCCUUCGCCGUCUUCCUCGGCGGGAAGGAGGGCUUCGUCUCCACCACCGACCCCAUCGAACCUCUCACGCACGCGCAACACGACGCCGCCGCUAGGCUUAGCUCUAGGAUGCCCCACUUCCGGCGCCUGCUGAGCAAGGUGAGCGAGCUGCCGGAGCUGGCGGCGUGGCUGUCGCAGGCGGCGCCCGAGCAGUGCGUGCCCACCCUGUGGGACGGCGAGCCCGCCGCCCCGCCCGCGCCGCAUACCCUCGCCAUGUACCGCCUGCUGCUCAUACAGGCGUUCCGUCCCGACCGCGUGAUCGCCGCAGCGACUCAGCUUGUGACGGCGGUACUAGGCGCCGGGUACAUGGCUAAGGCGGAAACCGAGCUGGACUUGGCUUCCAUCACCGAGACACAGCUCAAUGCUACCACGCCCGCCUUACUGUGCUCCGUACCGGGAUAUGAUGCCAGUGGUCGUGUGGACGAUAUGGCAACUGAAUUGAACAAGCCUCUAUCCAGCAUCGCUAUUGGUUCCGCUGAAGGUUUCAACCAGGCUGAGCGUGCCAUCAACACCGCGUGCAAGACUGGACGCUGGGUAAUGCUAAAGAACGUGCACCUAGCCCCUGUAUGGCUGGUGCAGUUAGAGAAGAAGCUGCAUUCGCUGCAGCCGCACCCCAACUUCAGGCUGUUCCUCACCACGGAGAUCAGCCCCAAGCUGCCCGUCAACCUGCUGCGAGCCGGCAGGGUACUGGUCUUCGAACCCCCGCCCGGUAUCAGGGCUAACUUGCUCAGGACUUUCGCAACUGUGCCGGCAGCGCGCAUGAUGAAGCAACCAUCGGAACGUGCAAGACUGUACUUCCUACUGGCUUGGUUCCACGGUAUCGUACAAGAACGUCUCCGUUACGUGCCACUCGGAUGGGCGAAGUACUACGAGUUCAAUGAGUCCGAUCUGAGAGUUGCUUGCGACACUUUGGAUACUUGGAUCGAUGCUACUGCUAUGGGUCGCACCAACUUACCUCCAGAGAAGGUACCAUGGGAAGCGCUAGUGACUCUCCUGUCGCAAUGUAUCUACGGAGGCAAGAUCGACAACUCUUUCGAUCAACGUCUACUGCAUUCCUUCCUCUGCAAGUUGUUCACACCUAAAUCAUUCGAAGCUGACUUCGCUCUGGUCGCCAAUGUCGAUGGGGCAAGCGGCAACCAGCGUCAUAUCACAAUGCCAGACGGCAACCGUCGUGAUCACUUCCUGAAAUGGAUUGAAGAGCUGUCUGACAGGCAGACGCCGUCGUGGCUCGGACUGCCGAACAAUGCUGAGAAGGUACUACUUACAAACCAAGGUAGCGACUUGGUGUCCAAACUCCUAAAGAUGCAGCAGCUGGAGGAUGAAGAGGAACUGGCUUACAAUGCUGCUGCACAGGACCAUGAUGCUGUCGCAGACUCAAUGGUCGCUGGCCGACCAGCCUGGAUGAAGACGUUACACGCAACUGCCACCAACUGGUUGCAACUAUUGCCGAAAGAGUUACCGACAUUGCGUCGUACGGUGGAGAAUAUCAAAGACCCGUUGUACCGAUUCUUCGAGCGUGAAGUCGCCGCUGGCGCGUCGUUAUUGCAACAAGUGUUGCAUGAUCUACGCAGCGUUCUUUCUAUCUGUCAGGGCGAGAUGAAGCAGACGAACGAGACGCGCGCGAUGGUGGGCGCGCUGGUCCGCGGCAUGCUGCCGGGCAGCUGGCGGCGCUACGCCGUGGCGCGCGGCUGCACCGUGCAGCAGUGGGUCGGCGACUUCGCGCACCGCGUCACGCAGCUCGCCGCAGUCUCCGACGCCGUCGCCGCCAUGGGCGCCAAGCGCCUCCAGAGCAUCCCAGUAUGGCUCGGCGGUCUACUGAACCCUGAAGCUUAUAUCACCGCUACACGCCAGUGUGUCGCUCAGGCCAACUCCUGGUCCCUUGAGGAGCUGCAUCUUCAGGUGACCAUCCCUGACCCCGGCACUCCGACAGAGAACGCUCAAACAGAAUGGUCGUUCUCCGUAACUGGCCUGAAGCUGCAGGGCGCUACUGUCAAGGGCAACAGACUGCUCCUAACUAACACUAUUAUGGUGGAUCUGCCACACACCGUGCUUACUUGGAUCCGUGGUCCUGAAACAUCAACAGGAGGCCAAUCCCUGACUCUCCCAGUGUACCUGAACAGCGCUCGAUCCGAGUUACUGUUCACCGUGCGUCUCCCCAUCGCGCCGGGACAGGAGCCCCACGCAUUCUACGAGAGAGGCGUAGCCCUACUCACCUCAACUGCACUUAACUAAUCAGUUUUACAAGAAACAAUACUUAUUUUAAGUUAUUUAACGUUCCCAGUUAAAAACUUCAUUAUGUAAUCAAUACAUUAGCUUAGCGCUUUAUAUUUAUUAAUUAUUUAUCUUAAAUAAUCGUUUAAUGUUGUGCACUUUUAUCCAUUAUUAGCAACAAUAAACAAAAUAAUAAUAAAAGA